GUGUGCUUGGUGAGCCGCGGUUCGGCCGGAGAUCAUAAAUCUGUGCGGAGGCGACACCUGAUGCGUGAGGGUCUCGCACGGCGUGUUUUCUCCCACGCAGCUUUAUACUUGUGUGUGUUUGCGUGUCACAAGUCUGGUCUUGACACACCUCUCCCGAUUUGCUGACAAGCCAUUCUUACUUCCUCUCAAAGAAAACCAGACAAGGUCUCAUCUUCCCGGGGCGGUGCGCGGGGGUCAUGCGACCUCGUUCUGCUGGGACCAGCUUGUGAAGGGAGCUUGGCAGUCGGCUACAGCGGCGGUCGCAGUUAACGGCGGUGGUCGCAGUUGAGGGAGUAGUGGUAGCCAUAGCGAUGAAGCAGGAAGUGGGGACGGCGCGUCUGGGGCGAGCCGCGCUCGUUAGCAUCGUUGUAACUUUGUGUCUUAGUGGUGUGCGCGUGACCGCCCUCAAACCUCAACUUUUCACGAGACGGGGCGCCUCAGGUUACUCCGCCGAGCACGCCGUCAGCUACGAGACGCGUUACUUUGAGCAGAAGAUUGAUCACUUUGGUUUCUUAGAGGAUGGCACUUUCAAGCACAGGUACCUUGUGGCCAACCAAUCCUGGAAUCCAGAAGGAGGACCGAUUUUGUUCUACACUGGCAAUGAAGGGGACAUCGCCUGGUUCUGCAACAAUACUGGUUUCAUGUGGGACAUUGCUGAGGAGUUGGGUGCCAUGCUUGUAUUUGCUGAACAUCGUUACUAUGGAGAGUCACUGCCAUUUGGACAAGACUCGUACAGCGAUAGCAAACACCUGAACUACCUGACCUCAGAGCAGGCCCUGGCAGACUUUGCAGUGCUAAUUCAGGAGCUGAAGAGCACAGUGACUGGAGCUCAGUUAAGCCCUGUCAUUGCUCUCGGAGGUUCCUAUGGAGGAAUGCUGUCUGCCUGGAUGAGGAUGAAAUACCCCCAUAUAGUUGUAGGAGCUCUGGCAGCUUCUGCUCCAAUAUGGCAGUUUCCUGGUAUGGUGCCAUGUGGAGACUUCUACAAAGUAGUGACGCAAGACUUUGCCAAAAGCGGGUUUAACUGUGAUGUUAAUGUCAGAAGAUCGUGGAGAGCUAUUGAUAAUGUCUCCUCUACUGAUCAAGGCCUACAGUGGCUAUCGGAGCAAUUUGGUUUAUGCGUCCCUCUCAAAAAAAGGGAGGAAGCUCUGAGCCUCAAGGGCUGGCUUCAGGAGACCUGGGUGAAUUUGGCCAUGGUGGAUUACCCCUACGAAGCCAGCUUCCUCCAGCCGCUUCCACGAUGGCCAAUCCAGGUUGUGUGCAAGUACCUUGGAUUUGAGUCUGCGGUAUCGGACUACCAGCUACUUCAUGGGAUCUCACAAGCAGCCAAGUUGUACUACAAUUACACCGGAAGAAGUUCCUGUUUAAACACAUCCGAGACGGCAACUAGCAGCCUUGGCUUCCUCGGCUGGUAUUAUCAGGUAGCACAGAGGACAGAAAUCAUUAUUCCCUUGGUGAAUUAUUCAACAGUGAGAGCUGUAAGUGGGCAAGUUCAGUUGUCAGACUUGAUUCAAGCUCAAUCUCUCAUCCUCCAGGCUUGCACAGAGAUGGUGAUGCCUAUGUGUACGGAUGGUAUCCAGGACAUGUUUGAGCCCCAGGAGUGGAACUUCCAGGCCUUCUCAGAUGAGUGCCAUUCCCUGUUUGGAAUUAGGCCUCGGGCUGACUGGGCAGGCACAGUCUAUGGGGGAAAAGAUAUAGCCUCUCACAGCAACAUCAUCUUCAGCAAUGGAGGACUUGAUCCCUGGUCAAGUGGUGGUGUGACUCGGAACAUAUCAGAUUCUCUUGUAGCCAUCAUGAUUCCUGAAGGAGCUCAUCACUUGGACCUUCGCUACAACAAUGCCAAUGAUCCUCCUUCAGUCCGCACAGCCCGGGCCCUGGAGCUGAUGUACUUUAAGAAGUGGAUCAUGCAGGCUAAAAAGGCACCUUAAUCUACAUUGCUUACAUGCUUCUAAGAGCAGCACAAUUCUUAGCCAAAUCAGAUAUUGACUAUGUUCAGGUUUUGUUUGGAUUUGAUUUCCUUUCUAUGGUGCUCUUUGUUACAUGUCAGAGUUUACUCUUCUAAGUACUGUCAGAUUAUGUGAAAACAUGAAUUUCAAGCCUUACUUUGGAAAAAUUGUUUUUUUGAUUGUAGUUCUUUUGUAUUGAGUUUUUGGCUUUAUUAUUUCUGUCAAAUGCUGGAAUAUGAGUAAGUGUUCUUACCUAAUCGGACACUAUCUCAAUGCAACAUACCAAACAAUGUUUUGAAAUUCUCAGUGCAUGAAAGGGCUAAUUUCAUAGUUUUGUGAGCCAUACAAACAAAACCUUUUCCAAUCAGUGUGUUUUUUCUUCUUUCUUCUUGUUGCCAUUUUGUGUUUAAACAGCCAAAAGAAAUUACUCUUUGAACCAAGUCUCAGGAGCAAUUUCAGGAAGUGAUUAAUGUGUCAAAGGGACUUCAGUUUGGGAGUAUUUUGCACUAUUCUAUGUACAAUGUUAAACACAAUUUGUAAUUAUUUACAGAGCGUGUGUCUUCCAGUGCUUUAUGAAGGACACUCCAAUAAAUCGUGUUUUUUUACAUGCCAUCUUUGUCAAGGGACAUAUCCACCAAUGAGGCUGAUUAAAAAUGGAAGUAUGACA